AAAAUCCUCUCUCUCUCUCUCUCUCUCUCUCUCCUCUCUCUCUCUCUGUAAGCUCGCAUUUGUGCAUUCGUCUCCGAUCAAAACCAUUCCUGGUAUGGCCCCUUUCUGAAACCCCCAAAUCCACGCAUAUAUACGGUGGAUGCAUACAGAUAUCGUCUCAAUUUCUGUAAUCGCGGGACGUUUUCGUGUAUAUGUCGGAUUGAUUGGAAUGAUGAAACAGCUUGUUUUCUGCAAUUCCAUCUAAUUCGCUUCUAUCUGUUGCGAAUUUCGAGCUUUCGCUGCGUUCCCCUUUCGAAUUUGUACUGUAUACUGCUACUGCUCUUUACUUUCUAUUGGCGGUUUGUGUUUGCUCAUCUCUACUCGUGUUGUUUGCUAUUAAAGACGGAAGAAGCAUUUGUUCGGAUUCUUACCUUGGUUCGACCUUUAAACUAGAUGCAUCCCUCCUGGCAUAUCAGUACUAUCUGGUAGAAACAGAAUAUUUUGAGUAUUUUCUGGGCUUAUUGUUUCAUCCAGAAUCCUCGAGCAAUGGGGAACUUUAAGAAUUUGGAGUUAGGGAACCCAUCUGCCUCUAGUUCUUGUCUACAGAUGAAUAAUGAAUUUGCUAUCACCAGUAGACAGAAUUAUGCUUCUGAAGGCACUGCAGUUUUUCAUAAUGGCAGCAAUGCUAAAGUUGAUCCUUUGUCCUUCACAUACAUGCCAUUUUCAGUUUCUCCUUUUCCUUCGAAAAACAUGCACGUGACAUUUCAACCACACACACAGAAAAUUCCUCAAAACUAUGGCAAUUUGAUGGUUGAUCUUAACCAGCAGCAGCUCCAUAACUUGCAAAAUCCCCUGAUUGGCCCAAAUUCCAUCAUUGGUGGUAAUGUACCCAGCCUAUAUGGGCAAGAGUUUCAGUGUCCUGAAAGAAAUGUGAAGGGGAUAUCAUGCACUGGUGACAACUGUGAGAUUGCCAGUAAUGUGAUGAAUGAUUCAACUCAUCUUAACAGCGUCCAGGUCCAUGAAACUAACAGAUAUUUCACACCAGUAAGAGGUAAUGGUGGUGGAGGUAAUGAAAUGAUCUGGCAUGAUGGAGAAGCAGAUAUUGGGAAUAUCCAUGGGCUACAUGUCAAUAAUCUUGUUGGUGCAAAAGAUAGUGCGGGUAUGUUGUAUCAGGCCCCAAAUAGUGGUGGAAUAAGUAACAGUAAUACUGAUAAGGUAUCUCCAGCAUCUCACUUUGGUUGUCCGAAUACAAUUGAUGGUAGUUUUCUUUCACUUGGAAUUGGAGGUAGCAUGGAUACUAGAUCUAAUCUUUAUCCCAGUAACAGAAAGAUUAUUGGGGAACUGGAUGGGGCUGCUUCUUCUCAGCUAAAUACUUGCCAUGUUCAACAACCAGCUGGAACCUCCCUGAAUGCAGGUCAGAACUUGGUUGGUGGAUUUUCAAGCUUCCAAAGUAACAUUCGUGGAUUCACAAGUCUGGGGCAUCAUGUGGGAGGCUGGACCUUGCCUAACAAUAAUGUUGGAGUUAGACCUAGUAGUAAUAGUCAUUUGAAUUCAAGCCAAUUCCAUAUUUUACGACCACAAGCUUAUGUGGAACAUGAUUUUCCUACAUCCAGCACCUGGAACCUAGAUAUUAUUAGUGAUGCAAAUGCAGGAUAUGGAAGUGUAGAUCCUUGUGAAGGCCUUGUAGGUGGUCUAGGUGCAACUUCAGGACCAUCUAAUAGCAGCUUAAGUGGGUGGCUUGAUUGUCAGCAAACUGGGUCAUCUGGAUUGGAAUCAGAAUCUAUACUGCUUAGCUGCACUGCCGCUCAACCAACUUUUCACCAGCUAAACAAACACUUCAAAGAAACAUUACAGAACUUCCCAAGAGAGUCUUCUAUGGUUGCUUCUCGAAUGGGAUUCAAAGGGAACCCUAAUAAACAAGACUGUUCAGGGCCUUUGUUUCCAGCUUCUAAGAGUCAUGUAGGUCAUGGUGUUUCUGAAAAUGCUCAAACUCCUAUGAGGCAACAUUUUCAACCAGCUGGAACACUAUCUUAUGCUAAUGAUAUUACUACACUUUGUGGUGCUGAGAGUAGUCAGUUGUCCAAGAAUAUACUGGAACAAGUUUUUAAGGGAAAUGCUGCUCAGGCAAGUGGAAAUGGCAUUUUUCCCCCCAGGCUGGGGAUUCAAGUUAAUGAGCAUAUUUCUGCUCAAGCUGCUGGAGAUGCUCUGUUUCCCAAAAGUGCAGAUAUUAAGGCCACUGACCCUAGAGCUGCAUAUGCUGCUGACUGUGGACUGUAUCCCAAGGAGAUAGGGUUCCAGAUGAGAUGCCCUCAAGAAGCUUUUCCUGUUCGGUUUCCCAAGGCUCUUCUUGAUCCUACAUGUUCUACUGGUCAAGGAAAAUCACCUGCAAAAGGUUAUGGGCUCUCCCAGGCUCCUGGUGCUUUUUGUGGUCUAUCCCUUAAAAGGAGUACAGCUCGACCCCCUCCAGCUGAUCCUAGGGUCCAGCGCAGGAGGAUAGCACAUCAACGUCGCAAUCAUCAAUCUGGGCUAAUCCAACCACAGAGUUAUCCAGCUAUUCCCUUUCCCAUUCCUGCUGCUUUUCCUCAUAUAAAAUGGCAAGAUUCUGAUGGACUUUCUCAGCCAACUGGAGAGAAAUGUAUGUUAUGUAAGAGGGAUCUUUCCUUCACACCAGAAGGACCUGUGUACCAGCCAACUGUGCCCCCUGCUGUUGCUGUUCUUCCAUGUGGCCACACCUUCCAUGACCACUGCUUGCAGAUUAUCGUUCCUGAAGACCAGUCUAAAAAUCCUCCAUGCAUUCCUUGUGCCAUCAGCGAAACAUAAGUUCCUUUACUCACUCUCAUUGCAAUUUCUAGGAUAAAAAGUAGGUUUAUGUCCAAAAUUUUGCAGAACCUGUCAAAAGAGGAGGGGGAAAAAGGAGAGAAAGCUAGAAAGUCUUGGGGAGGAAAUGUUGAUAUAUAGUUGUAAAUGAGAUGAAAUUCAGAGAAGUGUACAUACAGAAAGUGGGUUGAUGAAAGUGGUCCAAAAGAUAGAGAAUAGUUGGAGCUUUACAGGCUGCAGAAAAUUAUAGACAACCUCUGUUAAUAGAUUAAAUUUAGCAUAAACUUGAAGCUUAUGAACAUCUUUUUUGACCAAAAUUGUGUUUCAAUCUGCUGCGUUGAUCUUUGGCCCUUAACAGUCGGCUUUUUUUGUUUAGUUGAAGAUAUCUGAAGUUAAUAUUU